UGGGGAGAUAAAUACCGCGUUAAAGAUGGAGUUAAGCUGAGAUCACGAGCGCCAGCAGGCCGAUGCUCGCUCUCCUAUCGGCUCACGAGGCGGACUACGUGACGUGGCGGAGCGGCAUGGAGGGCGCUCUUCGCGUUUUCCUUUUUGAGAAAGCGCUCGGAGUUUUGGAGAUAGAGGAGGAGGGCACACCAAACUGAGCCGGGGUUGAAGGGUCUCGGGGGCAGCAUCACUUUACAAAGUUUGUCUCGGUUAUUUCCUGGCUUCUCCAAACCUCCAAGCGGCCCGGUCUGUUUACAUUUUGUGGCCCGGCCGUGUGCGCGUGUUUAUCGGUCGCUUACGAGACACCGCGGCGACACUCCAGCUCGUUUGGCUGGUGUUCAGAGACUCGGUCCAGUAAAUAGAAUGUUACCGAGCCGGGUCGGGUCGGCACCAUCUGGAAACGGGUCAGCUUCAGGCAGAGGUACCGCGGGACACGGUUCGGGGGUUCUCGGUGGCGGGAUACGUCCCGUUUUGAUCAGAGCAGGGCAAGCUUUACCGGGGGUCAGCGAGAGCGCCGGAGCCGCCGGGCGACAGGGGGAGAGAGACGCCGUCGGGAUGCUGGGGGCUAACGGUCCAGGUGGUCCGAGAGGGGCAAGACCGGGGAACGGGGCCGGCGUGGCUCUACAGACCGCCGUCCAGGGCAACAUGGUGGGGUUAAACACCCAGGUCGUGUUGGCUCACGGAACCAGGUUCGACCCGGACAGGGAGCCCGCUCCCAUGUGCAGCGGCUCAGAUAACGACUCGGACUCGGGGGAUGACGACGACCCAGUGGGUUCACUCGGGGACAGCAGGAGAGGGGUGAAGCGGGAGAGGGAGAUGGAAGCCGCGGUGACGGGGCAGGAGGUGGGAGUCGCUGCCGGAGGCUACGGCAUGGUUCCCGGAGGGGUCGCCGGGGCAAAGCCGGGGAAGAAGACACGUGGGCGCGUCAAGAUAAAGAUGGAAUUUAUUGACAACAAGUUGAGACGUUACACCACUUUCAGCAAGAGGAAGACGGGUAUCAUGAAGAAGGCCUAUGAACUCUCUACCCUGACAGGAACCCAGGUCCUGCUGCUUGUGGCCAGUGAAACGGGCCACGUCUACACUUUCGCCACCCGCAAACUCCAACCCAUGAUCACAAGUGAAACAGGCAAAGCCCUGAUCCAAACAUGCCUCAACUCACCGGACUCACCGCCGCGCUCGGAUCCCUCUAUGGACCAGCGCAUGAGUGCCACAGGCUUCGAGGAGACGGACCUCACCUACCAGGUGUCUGAGUCAGAGAGUAUGGGUGACACAAAGGAUACACUGAAGCCGACGUUCACGGUAGCCGGCCUACCAGGCACUACCAGCAGCGCCCAGUCCACGGUACCCACCACCUCCACCACCAUGCAGGUGAGCAGCGGACCUUCGUUUCCCAUCACCAACUACCUGGCGCCCGUCUCGGCCGGCGGCAACGUCAGCGCCAACGGCACCGUCCUCAAGACCGCCGGCGGCUCCACAGGGGUCAUGCAGCUGCCCAGCGGCUUCACCUUCAUGCCUGCAGGCACUCCUCUCCCCCCCGGCACCCCCACCAUUCCUCUGAGCCAGCUGCAGCAGCACUCCCUGGCCCUCCAGGGGCAGCAUGGUCAGGCCCUGGCCGCCGCCCCACAGCCUCAGCAGGGACAGCAGGCUGUCUUCCGCUUCCCUGCUGCUGUCUCUCUCACAGGAGCGGGGGUUCCCCAGCAGCUCCAGGCUAUCCAGGUCCACCCCAACACCCAGUCCACCUCCAACAGUGACAGCAGCCCAGAGAUCUCCCACACCUCCACAAACUCUACUGCAACGGUGAGUCUCCCAGCAACCAUUGUCACCUCGUCAGUGCCAACAUCUGUGGCGGGUCACAUGAUGUACCCCAGCCCCCACACAGUGAUGUACGCCUCCACGCCGUCCCUGGACGGGGGGCUAGCUGUGCUCAACGCCUUCUCCCAGGGCACCUCGGCCAUGCAGGUGUCCCACGCACAGGGCCAAGACACGGGUGCAGUCCCUCAGGUGUUCCUCACAGCACCACCAGGCACGGUGCAGAUCCCUGUCUCAGCGGUGCAGCUACACCCAGUACGGCAAGAUCUGCAUUUUACAAAUGGUGAUUGGCCAGCAGUCGAGCGGCAGCAGCAGUAACCUGACGGAGCUCCAGGUGGUGAACCUGGACGCAGCACAGAACUCGAAGAACGACUGACAGACGGCUGGAGCUGUGUAACGCGGCAGACCCAGGGACACGGACGGACAGACAAGACUGACCGACAUCUCUAUUUAUUGAUGCCUUCCUACAGAGUUUCACAUCACACUUCUGAAUGUGACUUUAAAGUACAUAUAUACACACAAUCAAGGGCAUAAGUGUGGCUGACCCUUAUACAGUAUACAGUAUGUUUUGGUAUAUAAAUAUAUAUAAAUAUAUAUAUAUUCGCAGAUGCAUAGGAAAUAUAUCACUACAUCCAUCAUGGGAAGCUAUUUUCUAUGCUGUUAGAUGGUGUUAUUUUUUUUUGUGUGUGUGUGUGCGUGUUUUUUUUUUUCUUCCGAAAAUGUGUUAUUACCUUCUCACACACACACAGAAAGGUGCCACAGCUUCACACCAGCCAAAGAGACAUUUGUUUGUCUGAAUGUUCCAGUGUGAGCAACUUGUGCAAAAGCGUGUGUGUGCGUGCAUAUCUGGGGUUUGUAAAUGGGUGGGGAGACACUUAUUGACUUUAAAAAAAGGAAAAGGAAAAAAAGAAGACAUUUGGAAAUGUACAUAUUUUUUUUUUCUAAAUUGACGACUUGUAUUUUUAGCCUGGUUUAGUUUGUGCAACGGCAUGUAGUUGUUUUUUACGUAGUGGUUUUGUAUGUACAUGAAAAUGAUUUGCAUAAAAGAUUUACAUGUCUAUGUAAAUUAAUUUAAUAUACCAUCAUCUGUUGAUAUACUGUCAUGCUGUUGGGAGUUUUCACUACAAGAUGGAGAAAGAACGCUGGAUGUUUUUCUACAUAUUUCUUGAUUGUGACAUGGAUCGAGCAGCUGGGUCACCACAUGUAAAACAGAUGAUGUUUAUGUUUUACUGUUCACAUAUUCUUAUGUUGGUGAAACAGCUGAUGUUCUGAUCAUUUGGUUUCAUCUUCAG